AUGUGGAAGUGUAUCGUCUUAUUAUGUUUGAUAUCGGUGCUAGGGGGAGCGCAAACACGAGAAGCGAAGCUAGUAAAUAUAGCCCAGGGGCCCGUUCGCGGAUAUAAGGCACAAAAUGAUAAUUUCUAUGUCUUUUAUGGCAUACCGUACGCAAGAGCACCUACCGGCGAGCACAGAUUCAAGGCACCACUUCCUCCGCCGCAAUGGACAGAACCAUUCGAAGCCGUCAAUAAAGAUGUAAUUUGCCCACAAUGCGUACUACCUGAUUUGCCUUUCGAAAUAAAACUUAAGCAACAGGAAGACUGCCUAAUCGCCAAUAUAUACGUACCUGACACGGAUAAGAAGGAUUUACCUGUGGUUAUACAUGUUCAUGGAGGGGCAUAUCUAGUAGGAUAUGGCGAUUUAAUGACUGCAAAACAACUGGUCAAAGAAAAGAAUAUAAUAAUAGUUAAUUUCAAUUACCGUCUCGGUGUACAUGGUUUUCUAUGCCUAGGCACAGAAGAUGUACCCGGUAAUGCUGGCAUGAAGGACCAAGUCGCAUUGUUUCGUUGGGUGAAAAAAAAUAUUGCCAGUUUUGGCGGAAAUCCUGAUGAUAUUACAAUCAAUGGAUUUAGUGCAGGUUCAUCAUCGGUUGAUCUUCAUCUUGUUUCGCCGAUGACCAAAGGUCUUUUUAAUAAGGUUAUACCCGAAAGUGGAGCAAGUCUCUCUGUUUUUAGUGUACAAACUGACCCAAUAGGAAUUGCUUGGAAAUAUGCGAAAAUGCUUAACUUUACAAAUAAGAACAACGAUAUUUAUGAUUUAGAAAAUUUUUAUAAAUCAGCAUCAUACGAUACGUUAAAUUCUAUUAAUCUUUUAAAUGAGCCCGAUUCUACGUUUCUUUUUGUACCUUGUGUUGAAAGAGAACAAGGUGAAGAAAGAUUUCUUGACGACGCUCCAUUGAACGUUUUGAAAAGUGGCCGCAAUCAUAAACUACCAAUGUUAUUUGGAUUUGCUGAAAUGGAAGGAUUAUUUAGAAUGCCGCUUUUUGAAACCUGGUAUAGUAAAAUGAAUAAAAAUUUUGCCGUUUUCUUGCCCGGUGACCUUAAAUUUUCAAACGCAGAAGAAAAAGUAGAAGUCGCGCAGAGAAUUAAAGAGUUCUAUUUUGGUAAAAAACCAGUUGGCAAGGAUACUAUAUUUAGAUAUAUAGAUUAUUUUACGGAUGUUAUAUUUGCAUAUGGCACACUAAAGUCUGUUCAGUUGCAAGUGGAAUCUGGAAACAGCGGUAUAUAUUUAUAUGAAUAUUCCUUUGUGGAUGAUAACGUUCCGUUAGUACCCUACACAAGUGUGCGUGGUGCUAACCAUUGCGCACAAACAAUGGCUAUAGGAGACGAAUUUUUCCCAAAUGCUCCAGCUGAUACACAAGAUUUUACAAAUAUGAAGCAGUUGAUGAGAGAACUAUGGUUCAACUUUAUCACAACAGGGAAACCGGUUCCAGAGGGUUCAGACCUUCCAACGUGGCCGCCUACCGAUGCAAACGGUGGACCUCACAUGUCUCUCGAUAAGACGAUGAAACUGCGCGGACCUCUGAUACAGCAACGCUUUCUUUUUUGGGAUGCUAUUUAUGAGAAAUAUUAUGCAAUGCCCACCGCACCUCCUCCUCCAACUCCAAGACCUAAAACUGAACUAUAA